AUGGGAGGCUGCAGCACUUCAGCUUUCAGUGGCCUCUUGGCUGUGUUCGUCGUAUUGAUGGUAACGUUGCAGGCCAGCGCCUCAGCUCCAGUGACUUUUGAAGGCAAUGAGUACAGAGUCGGUUCUACCAUCAGACGUGACGUUUGUAUCGUCGGAGGUGGGUCGAGCGGAACCUAUGCGGCGAUUCGUUUGUCGGACAUGGGCAAGAGCGUGGUUGUCAUCGAACAGAAGGGUCGUUUGGGUGGCCAUACAGAGACGUACACAGAUCCAAUGAGUGGCCUAAAGCGCGAUAUUGGAGUGGAAGUCUGGCAUGAUUUACCACUCGUCAAGGAAUACUUUGCGCGGCUGAAUGUAUCCCUGGUCAGACGCCCUCUCACAUCUUCAAACACAGAGUUCUUCGAUUUUGAGACAGGCAACAUCGCUUCCAGCAAUGUAGCUGCAAAUCUCAGCGCCGGCCUCGCCGCGUAUGGGACUCAAUGUGCAAAAUAUCCUUACCUGGAAAAAGGAUUUGAUCUUCCGUAUCCUGUCCCAUCAGAUCUGCUACUGCCAUGGGGGCAAUUUGUCAAAAAGUACUGCUUGGAGUCCAUGGUUGGGUUUCAUUACCGAUUUGCACAGGGGAUGGGUGACACUCUGGCUCAGUCAACACUCUACGUGAUGAAGAACUUCGGGCUAGAUAUCUUGAAAAAUCUUCAGCUAGGCUUCCUCACAACAGAGCUCAACGACAACAGCCUGCUUUAUGAGCAUGCCACAGAGGCUUUGAAUGGAAACUUGUUGCUAAACAGCAAAAUUGUCAAGAUCGAUCGAUCUGGUCAAGGGGGCAUCAGAAUCGUAGCCUCAACGAAGGAUGGUCUGACACAGCUCACUUGCAAGAAGUUGAUCAUGGCCAUUCCUCCAAAGCUGGAGAAUCUUUCUGGAUGGGAUCUGGCCCCAAUUGAGCGUGAACUCUUUGUUCAAUUCACAAACACUGGCUAUUACACAGGCUUGCUGAGGAACACUGGCAUCCCGAAUAACGUUUCCCUCGUUAACGUCAGCCCCAAGACCGAGUACAACCAGAUGAUUCUACCAGGAAUCUACAGCCUUACAGAGACGAACAUUCCUGGGCUUGUGGGGGUGACCUUUGGCAGUGCUCAGGCUUUGCCCGACCAUGAUGUGAAGCGGAAAAUCCUUUCAGACGUACGAAGACUGAAUUAUCCUGGUAAAGGUCCAAGCAAGCCAGAAUUCGUCGUCUUCUCCAGACAUGCGCCCUUUGAGCUGACAGUCUCCACCACGGCAAUCGCCCGAGGCUUCUACAAGUCACUCUCUGACCUUCAAGGCCAACAGAACACCUGGUACACAGGAGCAGCAUUCCAUACCCAAGACAGUUCUUUGAUCUGGGAGUUCACCGAAGCCUUGCUUCAGAAUAUCACCGCAUCCUGA